AUGAUUGGUUGCCUAGGUCUGUUCCCCUCUUUAUUAAGGUGGUUUUCCUUGCAGAUUCUCCAACAGGCACACAAGAAGCAGGUCGAAUUUCUCCUCCGGUUCCCACGCAAGGGAUUCUUCAAGCUGCAGCUCUACGCCCUGCCUGCGGAGAACCACGACGAUUCCCCGACAAGGGUAUACAGCUAUUUAAUUGAGGCCUCCACGUGCUAUCAGAUGCAUGGUCCCAUUGUGCCUUUCCCGAAGCAGUCUCAUCGUUGGCGACGUGGUUGUUACUUAAAGACACCGAUCGAUGGCAUCCUUGGUCUAGAUGACAAUGGAAAAUUGAGCGGUAAACCUCCCCGUGGCCUGCCCUUCAGCGUCAGCGUACCAAAUGCCAUUGCCGUGGCCGUGGUCGUUGGCGACGAAUGCACCGCCCUGAACUCCGAGGCUGACCGCUGGAAGGGCAACGUGCACAUGAAACAACACUGGGGCAAAGAGAAAAAGCUGACCGUCCGUGCAAAAUACUCCGCCAGCGAUACCGAGUACAGCACUCUACUAGAGUACUCACUAGCUUCGUAA